AUGCGGCGAAAAGUUGAAGAUGUGGUUCGGGUUUUGGUGGGGUUUCAUUGGCAGUGGACGGUAAUAGUUUGGUUGUUACAGGUUGUUGCAAUAGUGGGUGUGGUGGUGGGAGGUGUUGGGUUGGUGGUUGUGGCCCUGGUGAAGAUGGAUCAUAACUAUUGGAUGUAUGAAAUUAGACGUACUGACCCAAGAUUUGUGACCAACAUGAAACUUUUUCUUAAGAUUGCUCAAGAGGAUAGUGUGAAAAAAGGAAACGAACUUGUUCCGUGUCCUUGUAUGGAAUGUAAAAAUUUUACCGACUUCAAGGAUAAGGAUAUACGAGACAUCGAGUAUCAUUUGUUGAGAAAUGGAUUUAUGUUUAAUUAUACUUGUUGGUCAAAACACGGGGAGUCACUUGCUAAUCGUAGCGCAACCUCAAUAAAUUUAGGCUCUAAUUAUAAUGAUGAGAACAACGCCUCGCAUAUUAGAGAUGACAGUGAUAAUUUAAACGAGGACUAUGAUAAUAUAAAUGAGGUCAACGAUAAUUUAAAUGACAUGCGCAAUGAUUUGGAAGCUAAUGCUGAUGACAGUGAUCUAGAAAAACUACAACAAUUAUUUGCCGAUGAAGAAAAACCGUUAUACGUUGAUUGUACAAAAUUUUCUAAGCUUAGCGCUGUGUUAAAACUCUUUAACUUAAAGACAAAAUACAAUUGGAGCGAUAAGAGUUUUACAUGUCUAUUGGAGUUAUUGCACGAUAUGCUACCCACAGACAACGAGCUACCCAUAUCUGUGUACCAAGCUAAGAAAUUGAUGUGUCCAAUGGAAUUAGAGGUGGAAAGAAUACAUGCAUGUCCCAAUGAUUGUAUGUUGUAUAGAAAUCAGUACGAGAAAGCUCAUACGUGUGUUACAUGCGGUGAAUCGAGGUACAAACGUAAAAAUGAAACUAAUGAUUAUGAUGACGAUGUGACGAAAAACGGGCCUCCAGCUAAAUUAUUAUGGUAUUUCCCUAUUAUACCGAGAUUAAAGCGUUUAUUUGCUAAUCCUAAAGAGUCAAAGUUGUUGCGUUGGCAUUCCGAAGAGCGUAAGGAUGAUGGAAAGUUAAUAGAUGUGGCAGAUUCACCUCAGUGGAGAAACUUUGAUUACGAUUAUCCCGAUUUUGGAAACGAGGUUAGAAAUAUACGAUUUGGCCUUAGUUCAGACGGUAUAAAUCCUUUCGGAAACAUGAGUAGUUGUCAUAGUACUUGGCUGGUUCUUUUAUGCAUCUACAACCUUCCUCCAUGGCUAUGCAUGAAAAGAAAAUACAUAAUGAUGUCAUUGUUAAUUCAGGGUCCAAAAAGAAAAUACAUAAUGAUGUCAUUGUUAAUUCAGGGUUCAAAACAACCUGGUAAUGACAUUGAUGUUUAUUUGUCUCAUUUGAUUGAUGACCUUAAAACCCUAUGGAGCUCAGGUGUAGACAUGUACGAUGCUUAUGAAAAGAUGAGCUUUAAGUUACGCGCCAUGAUUUUUUGCACUAUAGGUGAUUUCCCAGCAUACGCCAAUUUGUCAGGAUAUAGCACAAAAGUAAAAAUAGGAGAUCCCUUCUGCAGAACCAGACACCGAAAAUCACCAACUCUCUACAAUCUUCUCACACAGAAUUCUUCUUCAAGCAUUCAAGGUACACCUUCGGGUUGGAGUCAAGACCGGCAGUACAACUGCUAG